AUGUUUCGUCGUUCCAACAAUAGAAGCAACAGAAUAAUACUCUCAUCACACCAACCUCAUCGUGUUCUGUGCAUAAUAAUCCUUUUAUUCUUGGUGUCAUCCUCCCUACUCCCAGAAAUAUCGGCACAAACACAACAAUUGGAAUGCAACCCAACUGAGCCCACAAAGUAUGAUUGGGAGAAUUGGAACUACUAUCAAUUACUCGAAUUGAAGUAUGAUCCAUACAAGAACAAUAAUAAUAAGAAGAAAAACAAAGAAUCAAACAAGGAUGUAGGAGUAUUGGACACGAAAGAAAUCAGAAAGGCGUACCGCAAACAGGCACAGCUUUGGCACCCAGACAAGCACAACAACGCUAGCAACCAGAGUUCGGGAGAAUCCAAAAAGAAGAAAAACAAAAGGAAAGCAACUUCCAAAGAUGAAUUCACGGCUCGGUUUGCAAAGAUUGCCGAAGCCUAUGAAGUCUUGAGUGAUCCCCAAAAGAGAGACGAAUACGAUUUGUUCUUGAAACAUUGUCGACAAAGUAACCCAAAAAGCAGCAGCAGCAGCAAGUGGUCCUUUCGCUUUCAAAAGUUCAUGGAUCCCAUGCAAGUCUUUGAAGAAUUCUUUUUUGGAUCAUCACCAUCAUCAUCAUCAUCCAAACAAGACCAAUACGACCCAGAAGCAGAUUUCUUUUCCAACUUUUUUGAAUCCUCUUCGGAAACCCAAAAGAAUACCAAACGGCAAUCGCAGCAACAGCAACAACAACAGCAACAACAACAACAACAACAACAAAAUCAAAAACCCAUACGAUCCUACCGACAUGAAGAAUAUCUACAAGAUCCAUAUACAGCCGAAGAGAUUGUUCGAAUCAUGCAAACGGAGGAAUAUGCUUCCACCGAUCCAAACACUGGCAAGUUCUUUUCACGAACCCAAGCCCAAGAAUUCAAAAAGACUUUUGAUCCCUUUACGGGCAUUUCUUAUUAUCCAGUCUCGGAACCCUACAUAUUAGAAGAGGGUUACCGAUAUCCUUCCGAACAGCACCACUCUCGUACUAGUGGUACUAGUAGUAACAAGAGCCGCCGCCGAUCAUCCAAGAAUCAGAAGAGUGCCCAAACGACGGUACUCUAUCCCGGAGACGUCUUGACGCCACGAUCUACGUUAUUGGUGUCACCCAAUCAACGGUACUAUGCCGGUCUAUCUCCGGAAUGCGAAUUGUUGGUCAUGGCGGACAAGGGCACUGGUGGCGGUGGAGAAGAAGACGAUGUCAUUUGGUCGUCCCAAAAGCAGCUAUUCCAACAAGCCAACAAUCGAUGCUUUGCGACCCUACGGGGUCCUCAUUUGGUGGUGGGCAUGGAACGACCGGGUCAUUCUCAUCAAGUCUUGUGGUUUAGCGAGGCCAGUGAUGAAGAUGAAGAAGAAGAUCAACAACAACAAGAACAACAACAUUCCACCUAUUUGGCGCAAUUGGACAAUGACGGAUCCUUGGUGGUCUACAAGGUUUGGAAUGUUCCGCAUCGAAGAUUUUAUUCACUCAAAGAACGGGCGUAUGCUGCGGCUGCCAACUUUAUCAAGGGACAGACCAAGGCAGAGUACGAUGUAUUGUAUUCGCCCUUUAGCGUGACCUAUCGCAAGUGUAUUUAUGCCACGGGUCCAUUGGGUUGCUUUCGUGUGGCUCGUCGACUAUACGAAUUGAGUUUGACAAUUUACUACACAGUAAAGGGAUUUGUCACCAAGGUGGACAACAAGUUGGAUGAAUUCAUGGAACUCAUGCUGGAAGAAGAUGACUUUGUGCGAGUCCUCCAGUCGAGUCUGUGGAACAAUGGGUCGUCGAUUGGUACCAAGAGUGCGAGAUUGAUGCGAAAAGUCAUGCAAUAUUUCAUGGUGCAAGCCAAGUAG